AUGAUUUCAACAUAUGCUGAAAAUCAAACAUUUGUUACGGAGUUUAUAUUCUUGGGAUAUAUGAAUAUUAAAAAAGGGAAGAUUUUCCUCUUCCUCCUUUUUCUUAUUAUGUAUAUUAUUUGUUUAGUGGGGAACUCACUCAUGAUCAUUGUAGUUGUGCUAAAUCAAUCUCUCCACAGUCCCAUGUAUUUCUUUCUUGGCAAUCUCUCAUUGUUAGAUAUAUGCUACAUCUCUGUGACUGUGCCCAAAAUGUUAGCAGAUCUCUGGGUGGAAACUCCACGCAUUUCCUUGAUGGGCUGUGCUGCACAAUUAUAUUUUCUGAUAGCAUUGGUAGGCACUGAGGGAUUCAUCUUAGCCUCCAUGGCUCUAGACCGUUAUUUUGCUAUAUGUUGUCCAUUGCGGUAUACUAGAUUCAUGAAUAAACAUAUCUGUCUGCAGCUAGCUGGGAUUUCCUGGGCUUGUGGCUUUCUUAAUGCUUGUCUUCAUACUGUAUUCACAUUCCGUCUGUCCUUUUGCCAGUCAAAUGGAAUUAAUCACUUUUUCUGUGAUAUUCCUCCGUUGCUAAGUAUCUCAUGCUCUGACACAUCAAUCAAUGAACUUGCGUUGUACACUUUGGGUGUUUUCAUUGGGCUUAGCCCGUUCUUCUUUACGUUAGUUUCUUAUGCUUUCAUCCUUCAUGCCAUUUUGAGCAACCAACAGAAAAGACACCUUCACAAAACCAUUUCUACUUGCGCAUCACACCUCACCAUUGUGAUUCUCUUCUAUGGUUCCAGCAUUUUUACAUAUAUUCGACCUAUUUCCAGCUACUCAUUGGAAAAAGACCAACUUGUGGGAAUUCUAUAUAGUAUCUUAACACCAACUCUCAACCCAAUCAUCUAUAGUUUACGGAAUAAGGAAGUGAAAAUGUCAAAAAUAUAUCUUCAGGUUUAUUUU